AUGUUCGUGUAUCAGCCGAAAGCCAGAUGUCACUGGUUCAGCGUGAGUCAGAAAGGAAAUCUGCGGGAAUACAACCUCAUAGGGGUUCUGAUGGGACUAGCCGUUUACAACUCCAUCAUUCUGGACCUACAUUUCCCACACGUGUGCUACAGAAAGCUCUUGUCUCCACCCGUGGUACCCAACUAUGACUACGUUCCAGUGGGACUCACGAAGAAUCCAACCACUGAGGACCUGGCUGAGAUCAUGCCUGUGAGUCUUUAG